ACCAAUACGGCAUAUAUUGUAGAAGAAACCAAAAUCGAAUUAGUCAAGAAUUGUCCCACCAUGUCUUACCAAGGGCUAGGUAACAAGAUUUCCACCUCUUCUCCAGAAUGCAGGGCCUUGAUCAAUCGUGGCAUGCUCAGUUCUUAUGGGUUCAAGCGUGAAGAAGCUAUCAUUUGCUUUAAGAAGGCACUAGAGAUAGACAGCAACUGCCCCAUUGCUCAUUGCUUCAUUGCUUACAAUAAUGCAGCAGACUACAACAAUCCUUAUGGCUUUGAUUAUGGAGAAGGUUACAAGGAGUCACAGAAAGCAUUGGAAAUUGCCUCCAAAAUGGCCUCAAUUCCUGCCUGGGAGUUGGCAGUGAUAGAAGCACAGACACACAGGUUCUGCUGGCCUGUGGGCUCAAAACCAAUGGAUCAACUUCACAAAGAUUAUGCCAAAGUGAUGCGUGAAGUAUACAAUAAGUAUGGUGAAAAUGACACUGAUAUUACGACUCUCUUUGCAGAAUCUCUGAUGAUGCUUGCCCCAUGGGCCCUCUGGACCAAACCCCCAAACAUCAAACCUGCAGCUGAAGAAACAGAAGAAAUAGUUGCAACUUUAGAGAAAGGUCUUGAGAUUGAUCCCGUCCACCCAGGGCUUGCUCAUUUCUAUAUCCACGCAAUGGAGCUUUCUCCGACACCCGAAAAGGCACUUCCAACCUCUGACCUCCUCCGAGAUAAAUACCCUGAUCAGGGUCACCUAUUACACAUGCCCUCUCACAUUGAUAUGUGGGUAGGACAGUACAAAGAAGCCAUUGAGACCAACAAAGCAGCUAUAGUCUCUGAUGAGGCAUACAAAGCAAACCGAGAGGCUGAAAUUGAAAUGUAUGACAUGUAUCGAAUACAUAAUUACCACUUUGCUGUUUGGGCCGCUAUGUUUGAUGGGCAAUACACUGCAGCUAUGGAGCAUUCUAAAGGAGCUGAAAGGCAGCUUGGAUUUGACGUGGUCACCGCUACAGUUGAUGGAGCAUCUUUUGGCCCAAUUUGGAUGGAAGCAUUUUUAUCUCUCCCUUGGCACGUCCUUGUUCGUUUUGGGAAAUGGCAAGAGAUUAUUGAUAGACCUAUGUAUAAGGACAAAGAUAUCUAUGCUGGAACAACAGCUGUUGCUUGUUAUGCUCGUGCAAUAGCUUUUGCUGUUUUGGGCAAAGCAAAUGAAGCUGAUGUGGAACGAGCAAAUUUCUACACAGCUUUGAAGAACAAAGCACUUGAGGGUCGUCGUCUUUUUAAUAAUCCGAUGCACGAUCCAGUUGCAAAGAAUGGUGUACUUGAUGUUGCCGAGGCUGUGUUGAAUGGGGAAGUUGAGUACCACAAGGGAAACUUUGAUGAGGCGUUCAAGUGGCUAAACACAGCAGUAGAGCGUGAUGCUAAUCUUGCUUAUGAUGAGCCAUGGGGAUGGAUGACGCCAGCAAGACAUGUAUUGGGUGCUUUGCUGCUUGAGCACAAAGAGGCAGCUAAGGCUGAAGAAGUGUACCGUGAGGAUUUGAAGCAAUACAAGAAUAACAUGUGGUCACUCUUGGGUUUGUAUCAAGCUCUCAAGGAGCAAAAGAAAAACGAGAAAGAAGCAGAAGAAGUACUUCAUCUAUUCAAGGAAGCAAGUGCUCGCUGUGAUAAAACAAUCAAUGUCGGAGCUUCGUGUUUGUGUGCUACCAAACUAUGCAGCAAGUAAUAUUUCUUUACUAUGUGGGACACCACCAUACUAUGGUAAUUAAUUUAGUAAUAUUAUUAUUAAGAUUAUUAAUUUUAAUUUGAUUUAAUAAUUGAUUUACAAGGUAGACAGAGAAAAUUAACAGAAGAGAGGAGACACAAAUAUUAAAAA